AUGGAUCAGUGGCGGGAGAGAGCAGAAUCCGGAGGGAGUGGCCUCUCUGAGCCCCAGAAGUCACCAGGUUCCAUCCCUGUACCCCAGACCCUGGCCCUGAGUCAGGCAGGGCCUGGGCCAGCGAUGGCACAAGGAUCUGUGUUGCCUCAGCUCCCUGAGGGCCUGGCUGCUCUCACCAUCCCCAUCAGACUGGAUGCCCUCUCCUACCUUCUCCACAGUGCCCUGGUUGGGGCUUACAGCCUCAGGCCCAGCCCAGCCCUUUGUCCUUGCCACCCUAACCCUUGCUGUGCCCGGCCACCAUCCUCGGAUCAGCCAGUGGCCCAGGAUCCACCCAAACAGCAGUGGGACAGAAGCCAGAGCCAGAGGGAAGCUCUUUGGCCAGGAGAGGUGGGGUCCCCAGGUGGCAGAGUGCUGGGAGCCCCUACAGGCAUCACCAAGCAGAGCCGGAGGAUGCGCCCUUCACCCAUGCGACCUCCUACCAAGGACCAGGGGAGUGAGUACCAGCGCCGAAGAACCCCUGCUUCUCUGCCAAAGCCCAAGGAGGAGCGAGAUAGCAAGUACCACCAGCAAAAAGCUGUUGCCGCCUCUGCCACACCACCCCCAGAGGAGUGGGAGAGAGAAUAUCAUCAAUGCAAGCCCCCUGCCCCUCCACCACAGUCUAAGGAGGACUGUGAGGGCAGGUACCACCAUCAAAGGGCCCCUGCUCCUGCCAGCACCCCACCUGCUGAGGACUGGGAGAGUGAGUACCAGGGAGCCCAGAGUCCCACCACGCCAGGCCCCCAAGAUGCCACCUUCGUCUGCUCUGAGAACGUGCUCCUGGACCCUGGGAAUAAGGAGAGCAGCCCAGAUGCUCAGGCCCCCCUACCCUAA